AUGCCACUAAUCGGUCCGGACAACAUCGCAGUCAAACACACAUCAACACAGAAGCCAGCCACAAAGAAAAAAACGCGUGAACAUCAUGCAUCCAAAGCAGAUGAUCUUAUUGCCCGGGUCGAGCAUACACUGAAGCUCUCCACGGAGUAUGCUCUAGGAUCUGCGCACUCUGAUGGCCACUGGUGCGGGGAACUCAAGUCCAAUGUCACGAUCACUGCCGAAUAUAUAUUCCUCCGACAGGCGCUAGGAUUGGACUUGAACGCUGAGCGCGAGGCCUAUUGUCGCUAUAUGCUCUCCGAACAAAACUCUGACGGUUCGUGGGGUCUGGCACCUGAGUACCCAGGCGAUGUAUCUAGCACGACCGAAGCAUAUCUUGCGUUGAAAAUACUUGGGACUAAGACCGAUUUACCAGCCAUGGAAAACGCCCGAAAAUUUAUCAUUAAGGCAGGCGGCAUAGCUGAAGUUCGUGUGUUUACUCGCAUUUUCCUAGCAACCUUUGGCUUGUUCCCAUGGAGUGCAGUACCCCAGCUCCCCGUGGAGCUCAUACUUCUACCUUCCAUACUGCCGAUCAGUAUCUACAGGUUUGCGUCCUGGGCUCGCGGCACUAUUGCCCCUUUAUUGAUCAUUUGCCAUCAUCAGCCAGUGUACGCACUGCCGAACGGACGUUCAGCAGAAAAUAACUAUCUGGACGAAUUAUGGCAAGAUCCGAGCAAUAAAAGCGUGACUUACGGUCCAUCUGUUUGGACACUACUAGGUGAAAUGGACAUUGUUGGGCUUGCAUUCAGUGUUUUGGACAAGUUGCUAUACCAAUUCAAUGGACUUCGGUCCAUUCCUCUGGUACGUACUUAUGCACGACGGCGCUGUAUAGAAUGGAUCCUGGAACGUCAGGAAGUAACAGGAGACUGGGCCGGAAUCUUCCCGCCAAUGCAUGGGAGUGUGUAUGCGUUUGCCCUUGAGGGAUACCAGACCGAUGACCGACCAAUUCGACUCGGAAUACAGGCCUUGGAAAAUUUCUCCUGGAAGGACUGCAAUGGUAAGCGGAUCCAAGCGUGUGUUUCCCCAGUGUGGGAUACGGCGUUGAUGUCUAUCGGACUUUGUGACGCCAUGUCAACUAGCCGGGAGAGAAUCAGCAAGGCGAUACACUGGAUCCGGGAUCACCAACUGCUAGAGUCUCGCGGGGAUUGGUGUGUGUACCGUCCGCACCUAGCGCCUGGUGGCUUUAGCUUUGAGUACGAAAAUACAUGGUACCCCGAUGUGGAUGACACAGCUGCCGUUAUUCUUGCUCAGGCCAAAUAUGACCCUCAAACGAUCACAUCACAUUCUGUGAGGACAGCAGCUAAAUGGAUCCUUGGUAUGCAAAAUUCCGAUGGAGGAUGGGCUGCUUUUGAUGUUGAAAACGACAAGUUGUUUCUCAAUAAAAUCCCUUUCAGUGACAUGGACAGUCUGUGUGACACGUCGUGUCCCGACAUCACCGGCCGCAUCUUGGAAGCUUUUGGGCUGAUGAUCAUUCUUGCCCGCGAGAGGAGCAAUGAUGCAGAUGAUCUUUAUGCUGAGCUUCAUAUGGCAUGCAAUCGUGGCAUUAGUUAUCUAGUUCAGAAUCAAGAACCAUAUGGUGCUUGGUUUGGGCGCUGGGGAUCCAACUAUAUAUAUGGCACAGGUCAUGCCCUAUGUGGCUUAUCUUACUUUGUUGAGGAGGACAUUCGAGUUCGAGAACUGGUACAGCCCGCUCUGCAGUGGCUCAAAUCAAAGCAGAAUCCCGACGGUGGCUGGGGCGAGUCUUUACUCUCGUACCGCCAUGCUGAAAUACAGCAACGAGAAUCCACUCCCUCCCAAACAGCAUGGGCAUUGAUGGGCUUGCUAGCUUACCUUCCCCACACUGAUGACUCCAUUGUACGCGGCAUUGGAUAUUUGGUUUCCUCGCAAACAUCAGAGGAACUUGGAGGAGCUUCAUGGCCGGAAAAAGCGUACACUGGUACUGGUUUUCCUAAUCAUUUCUACCUGGGGUAUGACUACUAUCGACACUAUUUUCCUAUGAUGGCUCUCGGCCGUUAUCUUCGAAGCUCUCGUUGCCCCAACUGA